AGAUGGCCUCCUGCUUUCCCCUUCCUUAAUCUUUAAAAACUUGAAUUUGUACUGAAUAAGCAGACUUUCUUCACCAGUCUGUCUCCAGCGCUUCUUGUGGCUAAAGAACACCAUUGCCUCACCCUCGGUGGCCUUGGGGCCUGCUCGCAGGCUUAAACGCUGAGAGAAGUGACAAAGAAAGAAGAGAAGCUUUUUGAAAACAUUUUCAAAGCCAUUUGCUGCAAUCACAGACCAGCAGAUUGUGCUAUUCCAUGCCAACGACUGCUUGGGACAUUUGGAGACAUCUGGAAUCUUACCGGGUGCCAGGUCAUUUAUUCAUUUUUGCUCUUUACCUACAAAUUAGUCAAUCCAGCCUUCUAACAGACACUUGGAAAGCCUUUACCGCUGAAAGAAUAUUUAAUACUGGGGAAAAACAGAAAUGAGUGGACCUCACAAAAGAUCUUAGGGGAUGUUCUGCUUCCCGGAAAACCUUGAUUACUAAUUAACCAACAAUUCUGGUCCUGGGAAGGAAAGCUGAGCAUUCGCUUGCAUUUGACAUCCAUUAAUGUUUUCUUGAUAAGCCAGCCAAUAGUUACCAGGGUAUUGGUUGCUAUUUGUAGAUUGUGCUUCUCUGCUUUUAUUGCAAAGCCAAGCCAUCCUUCAGAGCGUCCAGGAGCAGCAACCAGAGGCAAUGAGAUGGCAAGAAGGAAAGUGAAGAAGUUUACCACCUUGGAGCUUGUGCUCAGCACUAUUCUGCUUGUGGUGUUCAUCAUCGCUGCUGUUCUGAUUGUGCUUUUGGCCACUGGUCCAGCGGAGUCACAAGAUUCUGUUGAGUGCCCAGUGGUCGAUGAAUCAGAACGGAUAGAUUGCAUCCCUGACCAGACACCAACACAGGCGGUAUGUGAGCAGCGUGGCUGCUGCUGGAAUUCUCAGGGAGCUACCAGUGUCCCUUGGUGCUACUAUUCCAAGAAUCAUGGCUACCAAGUGGAGAGUGACCUUGUAAAUACAAAUGCAGGGUUCACAGCCCGGAUGAAAAGCCUGACCUCUUCGUCUCUGUUUGGAAAUACUGUUGACAAUGUCCUUCUCACAGCAGAAUACCAGACUUCAAACCGCUUUCACUUUAAGUUAACAGAUGAAACCCAGAACAGGUAUGAAGUGCCCCACGAGCAUGUGCAACCCUUCCAAGGAAAUGCUGCUGCUUCAUUAAACUAUGAAGUUGAAGUUUCCAAGCAGCCAUUUAGCAUCAAAGUGACCAGAAGAAGCAACAAUCGUGUUCUGUUUGACUCGAGCAUCGGGCCGCUCCUGUUUGCUGAUCAGUUCUUGCAGCUCUCCGUCCGCCUGCCCAGUGCUAAUGUUUAUGGUCUUGGAGAACACGUGCAUCAGCAGUACCGACAUGACAUGAAUUGGAAGACCUGGCCCAUUUUUACGAGAGACACAGCCCCCAAUGAGAUUGGAAGUAAUUUGUAUGGUGCUCAGACGUUCUUCCUGUGCCUGGAAGAUGCGAGUGGAUUGUCCUUUGGGGUGUUUCUGAUGAACAGCAAUGCCAUGGAGGUUGCCCUCCAGCCUGCACCAGCAGUCACGUACCGUACCAUUGGGGGCAUUCUUGACUUCUACGUGUUCUUGGGAGAUACACCCGAACAAGUGGUUCAAGAAUAUCUGGAGCUCAUCGGACGACCAGCUCUACCCGCAUACUGGGCACUUGGAUUUCACCUCAGUCGUUACGACUAUGGAUCCCUGGAGAACAUGAGAAGAGUCGUGGAGAGAAACCGUGCCGCACAACUCCCUUAUGAUGUUCAACAUGCUGACAUUGAUUAUAUGGAGCAGAGGAAAGACUUCACCUAUGAUCCAGUGAAUUAUGUGGGCUUCCCUGAGUUUGCUGAGGAGUUACACAGUAAUGGGCAGAAACUGGUCAUCAUUGUGGAUCCAGCCAUCUCCAACAAUUCUCCCUCAGAUAAUCCCUAUGGCCCAUAUGACCGUGGCUCAGCUAUGAGGAUUUGGGUGAAUGAUUCAACUGGGGUGACUCCUAUCAUUGGACAGGUCUGGCCUGGAACAACUGUGUUUCCCGAUUACACUAACCCAAGCUGUGCUGUUUGGUGGGCAAAUGAAUUUGAGCUUUUCUACAAUCAAGUGAAAUUUGAUGGAAUCUGGAUUGAUAUGAAUGAGGUGGCCAAUUUCGUUGCCGGUUCAGUUUCAGGAUGUUCCACAAAUAACCUGAAUUAUCCCCCUUUCAUUCCAAGCAUCCUGGAUGGGCGCCUGUUCUCCAUGACUCUCUGCAUGGAUGCAGUGCAACACUGGGGCAAGCAGUAUGAUGUCCACAGUCUGUACGGCUACUCCAUGACAAUUGCCACAGCAGAGGCUGUCAAGACUGUCUUCCCUAACAAGAGAAGCUUUGUUGUAACCCGUUCUACCUUUGCGGGAUCUGGCAAGUUUGCAGGUCAUUGGUUGGGAGACAAUACAGCCUCCUGGAAUGAUCUUCGAUGGUCCAUCCCUGGUGUGCUAGAGUUCAACCUUUUUGGUAUCCCAAUGGUGGGGCCUGACAUCUGUGGCUAUUACCAGGAUGCCUCUGAGGAGCUCUGUAGGAGGUGGAUGCAGCUGGGAGCAUUUUAUCCAUUUUCUAGGAAUCACAAUGGCCAAGGCUACCAGGAACAGGAUCCUGCCUUCUUUGGAGCUGACUCCCUGCUGCUGAAUUCUUCCCGGCACUACCUUAACAUCCGCUAUACUCUGCUGCCUUACCUGUACACCCUCUUUUACCGUGCGCAUAGCCGGGGUGACACGGUGGCCAGGCCCCUUCUACACGAGUUUUAUGGUGACAACAACACUUGGGAUGUGUACCAACAGUUUUUGUGGGGCCCAGGCCUUCUCAUCACUCCCGUUCUGGAAGAGGGUGCAGAGAAUGUGGUGGCAUAUGUACCUGAUGCUGUCUGGUAUGACUAUGAAACUGGGGCUCAAGUGAGUUGGAGGAAGGAAAGAGUUGUGAUGGAACUUCCCGGAGACAAAAUUGGACUUCACCUUCGAGGAGGCUACAUCUUCCCCACACAGCAGCCCGAUACAACCACUACAACCAGUCGACUAAAUGCGCUUGGGCUCAUCAUCGCCCUGGAUGAGAACAAAGAAGCGAAAGGUGAACUGUUCUGGGAUGAUGGAGACACCCAAGAUACUGUGGCCAAUAAUGCUUAUCUCUUGUGUGAAUUUUCUGUCACUCAAAACCGCUUGGAUGUGACGAUUUUACAGUCAGGCUACAGGGACCCCAACAAUUUAUCAUUUAAAGAAAUCAAAAUCCUUGGGACCCAGAACAUCAAUAGCGUUACAGUGAGACACAAUGGUGUCCUGACUCAGAGUUCCCCUAAUGUCACUUAUGAUUAUGACUUGAAGGUUGCUGUUAUCACAGACAUUGAUCUUGUCCUGGGAGAAACCUACACAGUGGAGUGGGCUUUGACAACAAGGGAUGAAGAAAAAAUUGACUGCUAUCCCGAUGAGCAUGAUGUGACUGCAGAAAACUGCAUUGCCCGAGGCUGUGUCUGGGAGGAAUCCAGUAUUCCUGGAGUCCCUUACUGCUACUUCGUUGAUGAUCUAUAUUCUGUCAGCAACAUUCAGUAUAACUCCAAUGGAGCGUCUGCUGACAUCACAUUAAAGGCUUCUCUUUACACCAAUGCCUUCCCCUCCACACCAGUGAACCCCCUCCGUCUGCAAGUGACCUACCACAAGAAUGAAAUGCUGCAGUUUAAGAUUUAUGAUCCCAACAACAGCAGAUAUGAAGUCCCCGUCCCUCUGAAUCUGCCUGCGGCCCCAUCGAGCACCCCUGAGAAUCAGCUCUAUGAAGUCGUCAUUAAGGAGAACCCGUUUGGGGUUGUGAUCCAGAGGAAGAGCACGGGCACCGUCAUUUGGGACUCGCAGGUGCUGGGCUUCACGUUCAACGACAUGUUCAUCCGCAUCUCCACCCGCCUUCCCUCCACGUACCUGUAUGGCUUUGGGGAGACAGAGCACACAUCGUUUCGCAGAGACCUGAACUGGCACACUUGGGGGAUGUUUGCCCGAGACCAGCCCCCGGGGUACAAGUUGAAUUCCUAUGGUGUCCACCCCUACUACAUGGCCCUGGAGGAGGAUGGCAGUGCCCAUGGAGUGCUCCUGCUGAACAGCAAUGCCAUGGAUGUGACAUUCCAGCCCAUGCCUGCCUUGACCUACAGGACCACAGGGGGAAUCCUGGACUUUUAUGUGUUCCUGGGCCCAACUCCAGAGCUAGUCACUCAGCAGUACACUGAGGUGAUUGGUCGGCCUGUGAUGGUACCUUACUGGUCCUUGGGGUUCCAGCUGUGUCGCUAUGGAUACGAGAAUGACACUGAGAUUGCCAACUUGUAUGAAGACAUGGUGGCUGCCCGGAUACCCUAUGAUGUGCAGUACUCAGACAUCGACUACAUGGAGAGGCAGCUGGACUUCACCCUCAGCCCCAACUUUGCUGGGCUUCCUGCUCUGAUUGAUCGCAUGCAUGCUGAGGGGAUGCGGUUCAUCCUCAUCCUGGACCCAGCCAUCUCAGGCAAUGAGACUCAGCCUUAUCCUGCAUUCACCCGGGGUGUGGAGGAUGACGUGUUCAUCAAAUAUCCCAAUGGUGGUGGCAUCGUCUGGGGAAAGGUCUGGCCUGAUUACCCUGAUGUUGUUGUGAACAACUCUCUGGACUGGGAUAGUCAAGUGGAGCAAUACCGAGCUUAUGCAGCCUUCCCUGACUUUUUCCGCAAUUCCACUGCCAGCUGGUGGAAGAGGGAAAUUGAAGAGAUGUACAGCAAUCCUCAGCAGCCAGAGAGGAGCUUGAAGUUUGACGGCAUAUGGAUUGACAUGAAUGAACCGUCAAGCUUUGUGAAUGGGGCAGUUGCUCCGGGCUGCACGGAUGCAACUCUGAACCAUCCCCCCUACAUGCCACACCUGGAAGCCAGGAGCACGGGCCUGCACAGCAAGACCCUGUGCAUGGAGAGUGAGCAGAUCCUGCCAGAUGGCUCCCCAGUGCGGCACUAUGACGUGCACAACCUGUAUGGGUGGUCCCAGACCAGGCCCACCUACGAAGCUGUGCAGGAGGUGACAGGACAGCGAGGGAUCGUCAUCACACGCUCCACGUUCCCCUCUUCUGGCCGCUGGGGUGGACACUGGCUGGGAGACAACACAGCUGCAUGGGACCAGCUGAAGAAGUCGAUCAUUGGCAUGAUGGAGUUCAGCCUGUUUGGCAUCUCCUAUACAGGAGCAGAUAUCUGCGGGUUCUUCCAAGACUCUGAGUAUGAGAUGUGUGCUCGUUGGAUGCAGCUGGGGGCCUUUUACCCAUUCUCCAGGAACCACAACACCCUUGGGGCCAAGAGACAAGACCCAGUGUCCUGGAAUUCUACCUUUGAGGAUAUUUCCAGAAGUGUCCUGGAGACCAGAUACACCCUGUUGCCCUAUUUCUACACCCUGAUGUACAAGGCCCAUGUGGAUGGCAGCACUGUUGUGCGACCUCUUCUGCACGAGUUUGUGUCUGACCAGGUGACCUGGGACAUAGAUGGUCAGUUCCUUCUGGGCCCAGCCUUCCUGGUCAGCCCUGUCUUGGAGCCUAAUGCCAGAGAAGUCACAGCAUAUUUCCCUGGAGCCCGCUGGUAUGACUACUACACGGGGGCGGAGGUUAAUGCUAAGGGACAGUGGAGGGUAUUGGCAGCCCCUCUUGAACACAUUAAUCUUCAUGUCCGUGGGGGCUACAUCCUGCCCUGGCAGGAGCCUGCACUGAACACCAACCAGAGCCGACAGAAUGCACUAGGUCUUAUCAUCGCCCUGGAUGAGAACAAAGAAGCAAAAGGUGAACUGUUCUGGGAUGAUGGAGACACCAAAGAUACUGUGGCCAAUAAUGCUUAUCUUUUAUGCGAGUUUUCUGCCACCCAAAACCAGUUGGAAGUGAAGAUUUCACAAUCAGGUUACAAGGAUCCCAACAAUAUAGCAUUCAGAGAGAUUAAAAUCCUUGGAACACAGGAACCUAGCAACAUUACAGUGAAACACAAUGGUGUCCUGACUGAGAUUUCUCCCAAAGUCACUUAUGAUUAUAGCUCGAAGGUUGCUGUCAUCACAGAAAUUGAUCUCAUCCUGGGAGAAGCAUACACAGUGGAGUGGUCUUUGAUGAUAAGGGAUGAAGAAAAAAUUGACUGUUAUCCUGAUGAGUAUGGCGUUACUGAGGAAAACUGUGUCUCCCGAGGCUGUGUCUGGGAGGAAUCCAGUUCUCCCGGUGUCCCUUACUGCUACUUCGUCAAUGAUCUAUAUUCUGUCAGCAACAUCCAGUAUGACUCCAAUGGAGCCUCUGCUGAUAUCUCCUUAAAGUCUUCUAUUUACACCAACGCCUUCCCCUCCACACCCGUGAAUCCCCUCCGACUGCAAGUGACCUACCACAAGAAUGAAAUGCUGCAGUUUAAGAUUUAUGAUCCCAACAACAGCAGAUAUGAAGUCCCCGUCCCUCUGAAUCUGCCCACGGCCCCAUCGAGCACCCCUGAGAAUCAGCUCUAUGAAGUCGUCAUUAAGGAGAACCCGUUUGGGGUUGUGAUCCAGAGGAAGAGCACAGGCACCAUCAUUUGGGACUCGCAGUUGCUGGGCUUCACGUUCAACGACAUGUUCAUCCGCAUCUCCACCCGCCUUCCCUCCACGUACCUGUAUGGCUUUGGGGAGACAGAGCACACAUCGUUUCGCAGAGACCUGAACUGGCACACUUGGGGGAUGUUUGCCCGAGACCAGCCCCCGGGGUACAAGUUGAAUUCCUAUGGUGUCCACCCCUACUACAUGGCCCUGGAGGAGGAUGGCAGUGCCCAUGGAGUGCUCCUGCUGAACAGCAAUGCCAUGGAUGUGACAUUCCAGCCCAUGCCUGCCUUGACCUACCGGACCACGGGGGGAGUUCUGGACUUUUAUGUGUUCCUGGGACCAACUCCAGAGCUGGUCACCCAGCAGUACACUGAGGUGAUUGGUCGGCCUGUGAUGGUGCCUUACUGGUCCUUGGGGUUCCAGCUGUGUCGCUAUGGAUACGAGAAUGACACUGAGAUUGCCAACUUGUAUGAAGACAUGGUGGCUGCCCAGAUCCCCUAUGAUGUGCAGUACUCAGACAUCGACUACAUGGAGAGGCAGCUGGACUUCACCCUCAGCCCCAACUUUGCUGGGCUUCCUGCUCUGAUUGAUCGCAUGCAUGCUGAGGGGAUGCGGUUCAUCCUCAUCCUGGACCCAGCCAUCUCAGGCAAUGAGACUCAGCCUUAUCCUGCAUUCACCCGGGGUGUGGAGGAUGACGUGUUCAUCAAAUAUCCCAAUGGUGGUGGCAUCGUCUGGGGGAAGGUCUGGCCUGAUUACCCUAAUGUUGUUGUGAACAGCUCUCUGGACUGGGAUAGUCAAGUGGAGCAAUACCGAGCUUAUGCAGCCUUCCCGGACUUUUUCCGCAAUUCUACUGCCAGCUGGUGGAAGAGGGAAAUUGAAGAGAUGUACAGCAAUCCUCAGCAGCCAGAGAGGAGCUUGAAGUUUGACGGAAUAUGGAUUGACAUGAAUGAGCCGUCAAGCUUUGUGAAUGGGGCAGUUUCUCCAGGCUGCACGGAUGCAACUCUGAACCAUCCACCCUACAUGCCACACCUGGAAGCCAGGGGCACGGGCCUGAACAGCAAGACCCUGUGCAUGGAGAGUGAGCAGAUCCUGCCAGAUGGCUCCCCAGUGCGGCACUACGAUGUGCACAACCUGUAUGGGUGGUCCCAGACCAGGCCCACCUACGAAGCUGUGCAGGAGGUGACAGGACAGCGAGGGAUCGUCAUCACACGCUCCACGUUCCCCUCUUCUGGCCGCUGGGGUGGACACUGGCUGGGAGACAACACAGCCGCGUGGGACCAGCUGAAGAAGUCGAUCAUUGGCAUGAUGGAGUUCAGCCUGUUUGGCAUCUCCUAUACAGGAGCAGAUAUCUGCGGGUUCUUUCAAGACUCUGAGUAUGAGAUGUGUGCUCGUUGGAUGCAGCUGGGGGCCUUUUACCCGUUCUCCAGGAACCACAACACCCUUGGGGCCAAGAGACAAGACCCAGUGUCCUGGAAUGCUACCUUUGAGGAUAUUUCCAGAAGUGUCCUGGAGACCAGAUACACCCUGUUGCCCUAUUUCUAUACCCUGAUGUACAAGGCCCAUGUGGAUGGCAGCACUGUUGUGCGACCUCUUCUCCAUGAGUUUGUGUCAGAUCAAGUGACUUGGGACAUAGAUGGUCAGUUUCUUCUGGGCCCAGCCUUCCUGAUCAGCCCCGUCCUGCAGCCUGGUGCCAGAGAAGUCACUGCGUAUUUCCCUGAAGCCCGUUGGUAUGACUACCACACAGGGGCGGAGGUUAAUGCUAAGGGACAGUGGAAGGUGUUGGCAGCCCCUCUUGACCACAUUAAUCUUCAUGUCCGUGGGGGUUACAUCCUUCCCUGGCAGGAGCCUGCAUUGAACACCCACCAGAGUCGACUAAAUGCGCUUGGGCUUAUCAUCGCUCUGGAUGAGAACAAAGAAGCCAAAGGUGAACUGUUCUGGGAUGAUGGAGACACCAAAGAUACUGUGGCCAGUAAUGUGUAUCUUCUAUGUGAAUUUUCUGCCAGCCAAAACCAGUUGGAUGUGAAGAUUUCACAGUCAGGCUACAGGGACCCCAACAAUUUAGCAUUUAAAGAGAUCAAGAUCCUUGGAACACAGGAACCUAGCAACGUUACAGUGAGACAAAAUGGGGUCCUGAUUCAGAGUUCUCCUACAGUCACUUACAAUUAUAACCUUAAGGUUGCUGUUAUCACAGAAAUUAAUCUCGUCUUGGGAGAAGCCUACACAGUGGAGUGGUCCUUGAUCACAAGUGAUGAAGAAAAAAUCGACUGCUAUCCUGAUGAGCAAGGUGUUUCUGCAGAAAAUUGUGUUGCCCGAGGCUGUGUUUGGGAGGAAUCCAGUUCUCCCAGUGUCCCUUACUGCUACUUCGUCAAUGAUCUAUAUUCUGUCAGCAACAUCCAGUAUGACUCCAAUGGAGCAUCCGCUAAUAUCUCCUUAAAGUCUUCUACUUACACCAACAACUUCCCCUCCACACCUGUGAACCCCCUCCGUCUGCAAGUGACCUACCACAAAAAUGAAAUGCUGCAGUUCAAAAUUUAUGAUCCCAACAACAGCAGAUAUGAAGUCCCCGUCCCUCUAAAUCUGCCCACGGCCCCAUCGAGCACCCCUGAGAAUCAGCUCUAUGAAGUCGUCAUUAAGGAGAACCCGUUUGGGGUUGUGAUCCAGAGGAAGAGCACGGGCACCAUCAUUUGGGACUCGCAGUUGCUGGGCUUCACGUUCAACGACAUGUUCAUCCGCAUCUCCACCCGCCUUCCCUCCACGUACCUGUAUGGCUUUGGGGAGACAGAGCACACAUCGUUUCGCAGAGACCUGAACUGGCACACGUGGGGGAUGUUUGCCCGAGACCAGCCCCCGGGGUACAAGUUGAAUUCCUAUGGUGUCCACCCCUACUACAUGGCCCUGGAGGAGGAUGGCAGUGCCCAUGGAGUGCUCCUGCUGAACAGCAAUGCCAUGGAUGUGACAUUCCAGCCCAUGCCUGCCUUGACCUAUCGGACCACAGGGGGAAUCCUGGACUUCUAUGUGUUCUUGGGCCCAACUCCAGAGCUGGUCACUCAGCAGUACACUGAGGUGAUUGGUCGGCCUGUGAUGGUGCCUUACUGGUCCUUGGGGUUCCAGCUGUGUCGCUAUGGAUACAAGAAUGACACUGAGAUCGCCAGCUUGUAUGAAGACAUGGUGGCUGCCCGGAUCCCCUAUGAUGUGCAGUACUCAGACAUCGACUACAUGGAGAGGCAGCUGGACUUCACCCUCAGCCCCAACUUUGCUGGGCUUCCUGCUCUGAUUGAUCGCAUGCAUGCCGAGGGGAUGCGGUUCAUCCUCAUCCUGGACCCAGCCAUCUCAGGCAAUGAGACUCAGCCUUAUCCUGCAUUCACCCGGGGUGUGGAGGAUGACGUGUUCAUCAAAUAUCCCAAUGGUGGUGGCAUCGUCUGGGGGAAGGUCUGGCCUGAUUACCCGGAUGUUGUUGUGAACAGCUCUCUGGACUGGGAUAGUGAAGUGGAGCAAUAUCGAGCUUAUGCAGCCUUCCCGGACUUUUUCCGCAAUUCCACUGCCAGCUGGUGGAAGAGGGAAAUUGAAGAGAUGUACAGCAAUCCUCAGCAGCCAGAGAGGAGCUUGAAGUUUGACGGCAUAUGGAUUGACAUGAAUGAACCAGCAAGCUUUGUGAAUGGGGCAGUUGCUCCAGGCUGCAUGGAUCCCACUCUGAAUCAUCCCCCCUACAUGCCACACCUGGAAGCCAGGGGCACGGGCCUGCACAGCAAAACCCUGUGCAUGGAGAGUGAGCAGAUCCUGCCAGAUGGCUCCCCAGUGCGGCACUACGAUGUGCACAACCUGUAUGGGUGGUCCCAGACCAGGCCCACCUACGAAGCUGUGCAGGAGGUGACAGGACAGCGAGGGAUUGUCAUCACACGCUCCACGUUCCCCUCUUCUGGCCGCUGGGGUGGACACUGGCUGGGAGACAACACAGCCGCGUGGGACCAGCUGAAGAAGUCGAUCAUUGGCAUGAUGGAGUUCAGCCUGUUUGGCAUCUCCUAUACAGGAGCAGAUAUCUGCGGGUUCUUUCAAGACUCUGAGUAUGAGAUGUGUGCUCGUUGGAUGCAGCUGGGGGCCUUUUACCCGUUCUCCAGGAACCACAACACCCUUGGGGCCAAGAGACAAGACCCAGUGUCCUGGAAUGCUACCUUUGAGGAUAUUUCCAGAAGUGUCCUGGAGACCAGAUACACCCUGUUGCCAUAUCUCUACACCCUGAUGUACAAGGCCCAUGUGGAUGGCAGCACUGUUGUGCGACCUCUUCUCCAUGAGUUUGUGUCAGACCGGGUGACCUGGGACAUUGAUGGUCAGUUCCUCCUGGGCCCAGCCUUCCUGGUCAGCCCUGUCUUGGAGCCUAAUGCUAGAGAAGUCACUGCGUAUUUCCCUGGAGCCCGCUGGUAUGACUACUACACAGGCGUGGAUAUAAAUGCAAGGGGAGAGUGGAGGGUGCUGUCAGCCCCUCUUGACCACAUUAAUCUUCAUGUUCGUGGGGGCUACAUUCUGCCCUGGCAGGAGCCUGCACUGAACACCCACCAGAGCCGCCAGCAGUUCUUGGGCUUCAAGGUUGCCUUAGAUGAUGAAGAAACAGCCGAGGGCUGGCUCUUCUGGGAUGAUGGGCAGAGCAUCGGUGAAGGACUAUAUUAUUUGGCCAACUUUUCUGCCAGCCAGAAUAUGAUGCAGAGCCAUGUAAUUUUUAACAGUUACAUCAGUGAUGCAAAUCCUUUGAAUUUGGGCUACGUUGAGAUCUGGGGAAUAAGAAGUGUCUCCAUCACUGAUGUCAGAAUUUCUCUGAGCAACAGAGAGAUUACCCCGUCCUUCAACUAUAAUGCCACCAUACAGGUGUUAAGCAUUAAUAUAACCAACAAUGACAUCAGCCUACACAAUUUCAUUUCAUUGACAUGGAGAAGCACUAUGGAUUCUUAGUACAAGAACUUGAUUUUGAAACUACUAUGUUUCAUAUUCAUAAAAUUACUCUAUGUUGCUAAUUACCUUUUUCCCAGUAAGAUUUUAUAUUAAAUUUGUUGUAUAUUUUGUCUGUGACUCGUAGAGUUUUAAUUUUAGCUUUAUGUGAUAGGCAGCAGGGAUGUGUGGAAAAUCUACUGAUUACUGAUAUGAUUAGGGUGGUGAUGUUUUUUCAUAUGAUAUUUACUAA